UUUUUAAAAGUGCAUUAAGAAAGCCAGUCCGUGAUAUCUGCUUCGCCGGACUUCCCAUUGGCGACUAGCCUAGCUUACUACAGUUUUCCACUCCCCCAUCCCCACCGCCACCUUCUCCUCCGCCUCCGCCGCCGCCUCCGCCACCUUCCCUUCUCCAUUAAUAGGGAAAAGUAGUGUUUUCUGUAUCUUUUCACUGUUUACUCCUCUGUGUCUGAAGAUUCUGUUUCACUGGUUUUCAUCGCUCUUCUGUUUUGCCUUCACCUCUUUUCUGGGAUUCAUAAUUUCACCACAAACACCUAAUAAAUUUCUUUUUACUUAAGACAAAGAGGAAAGUACUAGAGUGUUGACUGUUGUGGGUACUCGAGUUUCUUGAAUAAAAACUAAAAAACCUGUUUUUUUUUUUUUAUUUUUUAAACCUUGAUUCUUAAAAUUUUGUUAUCUAUAGAAUUUCGGGUUUCUAAAAAAUUCUCAAUUUUUUUGAUGUGAUUUGAGGCUUUGAGCAUCGCUUUUCUGCCAUUUUUUGGGUCUGGGUGCUAUAAGAAUUAUAAGAAUCGGCAUUGGGAAAAUAAAAAAAAAAAAGUAAAAAAAGAAACGAGUUUUCAUGGAUCAGACUCGGUGUCAGCAGCAACAGAUGAGUUCUUGCCUGACGCGGUUUCGAUCCGCGCCAAGUUCAUAUUUUGACACCAUUUUGAACGCCGCUCCGACGCCGCCUCCGGCCAACUCCGGCGGCGGUUAUGCCAGGGAUGACAAUAUGCUAAGCGCCGGCGGUUCAGGCCCCAACAUACAGCAAGCUUUCGCACGAUUAAUAGCCACCAUGGGGGGUGCCCGGGACUCGAGUUCUUGUAGCUCCGGCGGCGGUUCGGAUGCGAAACCGCCGCUUGUGCCGCCGCCGAAGCAAGAACCCGAAGCUCGUCUGCAGCCACGGCAAGAGAUGAAGUAUUCUAGUCACUCCCAGCCUUUUUCUGGAGGGGAUAAUUCGUAUGGAUUGAUGAGCCCAGUGAAUCCGGGUUGUUUUGCCCCUGUAAAGAUGAACACUGGCGUUUCCAACUCAAAUCUCACUCGUUUUAACAGCUCCCCUGCUGGUUUCUUUGAUCAAUUCAAUAUAAAAAGUGGUACUAAUGCUGCAGAAGCAUCAUUUGCAUCUCCAAACGUGUUCAAGAAUCGCGUGGAUUUGUCACCCAGACAUCCCCCUUCGCGGGGAAUGGCUUCUAUAUCUGAAACGGGAGCCAGUGCGGUGAAGGAAGAAGCCUGUUCGGGGGAUGGCGUCGGGGGCUUCAAUGAAGAUCAGACAAUGGAUGAAAGUUACUUGUCAAGUUUCCCUAUACCUUCUUGGGAUGAUUUAGAUCUCUUGUCUGAUGACUUCCUUAAAGUAACAGAUGAAAAGCCAAGUUUGAAAGCAAAAGCACCAGAUUUUAAGAACACAGAAGGUAGUCGAAGUCGCCCUCCCGGCCGUUUAUCUCAUCACCUCAGUUUACCCAAAAGCUCCGAGGAGUUAUCGUCCAUAUUGCAGGAUUCUGUGCCUUGCAGGGUCCGGGCAAAGAGAGGUUGCGCUACUCACCCUCGCAGCAUUGCCGAGAGGGUUAGAAGAACUCGAAUAAGCGACAGAAUGAGGAAGCUGCAAGAGCUCGUCCCGAACAUGGACAAGCAAACAAACACAGCAGAUAUGUUGGACCUGGCAGUGGAUUACAUUAAAGAUCUAGAGCAGAAAGUGAAGAGGUUAGCUGAUAAUCGUGCCAAGUGUAGAUGCUCGAAUAAGUAGUAGGGCAGGGAUGUACCGAUGAAUGUAACGUGGAAAGUUGAUGAACAUUGUGGGAUUCCUCCUGGCACUAAAUUAAUCACAGAUCAAAAGAAGAAAAUGGGAUGGGAGUGCCACAAAAACAAUUUCAUUUGAUGUAACAUAUGAAGCGCUGUUGAACAUAAAAGCAUUAAUGUUUGUGUUGGGUGUACCCCUCUUUUUGUCCAUAAAUAAUGAAAAGAAUUUGGUAGGCUCGAGUGUCCUUUA